AUGAUUAUUAAAGACUCAUCUUUUGUUACUUCAGACUUAACUUACUGUGAGGAGGACCUUUUCAUAACUAAUGCUGAACUUGUAAUUAUCCCAGAACAGGUAAUCAAAAAAUUGAUUUUAGUCUCAGACAAACGAGUUCUAGCUUUUGAGAAUACAGAGACAGAGUAUCAAAAAAUUUCUUAUAAUCAAAAAAUUCCUGAACUCUCUUUAGAAGCAAUUCUGAUAGGAUCUAGUGAAGUUAUAGCAUAUGAGAAUCGAGUUAAAGAUGUUAAGUCUAAGAAUGAUAUUGAUGACAAAUCAGCAAAACAUUAA